AAAGGCUAAAGCUCUCAGAGCUGGGAAGGAGCUUUAGAUGGCGGAUGAACCUUGGGAAGGGGAGAGCGUCGAGCCUCGCAGGGCUCUCUUUAGCACUUGUGUCUCAACUUUGGUGAACUUUGAGUCCAGCUCAGGAAGCCAUAGUCACGCAAAUUCGUUCAUUUUUUUUAGUUUUGGAAUCUAGAAAUGUUAAUGCGUACGUUUUGUGACUUUAUUUCGUCGAAAAAUGCUGUGCUGCGUGCGUAGAGUGGCCAGUCGUUGUUUUCCCUGCCUUGUACUGGCAGCCAUGGCGGUCCUCCAUUUUUAGUGCGCUCUGCUGGGCUCUCUCACACACUCUCUCUCUCCAGUGAAAAGCCAUCCUUGGAUUACUGCUACUAUUUUUCUUUUCGAACAUUAUUCCGAUUAUUAUUUUUAUCAAAAUCAUGGAAUAUUUUUGAUUUUAGAUUUUUUUUUCUAAUGGACAAUGUAACAAAUCGAAUUUUUUGUCAGAUGUGAAAGUACUGCUACAAUCCUUCUCCUGUCAGUGGAAUAGGACUUUUUUUGCUGUCCUUUUUAAGCCGACUGACUCGAUGGUUCAUCCCACUUUAAACUUUUGACAGUUAAUACCUGGACUAAAGAUCAUCAUUAACAAAAACCCCAAGACAAAAUCAUGAUGAAGAAUAAGAAUAAAAAGCAGGAAGACGAAGUCUCGACCCAAAGCAAUGCUUCCAGCAACUCAGCAUCAGAGGAAUCUAACCGCUCUGGAUCGGAGUCUGGGAGUCAGUCGGAGAGUGAGCAAGGAAGUGAUAGGGCCCGUUCCCGCCGUUCUGUGUCCAACAGCACCUCUGAUUCUGAGAGUCACUCUGAGUCAGAGAAUGAAUCCACUGGGUCUAAGUCCUGUCAGACGUCAGAACAUGUCAAAGACAAACCAGUCAGGAAGAAAGACAACCUGGCAGAUGUGAAGAAGAUGUGGGAGGAACAUCCAGAUGUUUAUGGUGUGAGAAGGUCCAGUCGCAGCAGACAAGAGCCUGCCCGUCUCAACAUUGGAGCUGAGGGCAGCAGUGAUUCAGAGAGUGAGAGUCCCAAAAGAAAAGGUCCACGGCAGAAAAAGAAAGAAAAUACCUGGAAAGAUGAUGACUCAAAUGAUGACGAGGAUGAUGAUGAGGAAGAGGCCAGCAGUUCAGAGAGUGAGCAGGAAGAGAAAAAAGUUAGAUCCAGACGACUUCCUGCUAGAAGACCACAGACCAAAUCCUCUGCAGGCAAGCAGCAGUCACAAAAGGGACGGAAACAGAGGAAGCAUGAGUACUCUGAUGAAGAAGAUGACGACGACGAUGAUGAUGAGGAAGAUACCCCAAAAAGACAAACAAGACGCCGAACAGCUACUAAAGUUAGUUAUAAGGAGGACCAGAAUGAUUUUGAGACAGACUCCGAUGACCUUAUCGAAAUGGCAGAAGGAGCUGAGGAGCAACAGGACGAUGACAGUGAGACUAUCGAGCGGGUUCUUGAGACCAGGAUUGGCAAGAAAGGAGCCACUGGAGCUUCCACAACCGUCUAUGCUGUUGCUGAGAAUGGGGACCCUGGAGCAGAUUUUGACUCUGAGAAAGAUGAAGGGGAAACUCAGUUCCUCAUUAAGUGGAAAGGCUGGUCCUACAUCCACAACACUUGGGAGAGUGUGGAUUCCCUUACUCAGCAGAAAGUUAAAGGGAUGAAGAAGUUGGAAAACUUCAAGAAGAAAAAUGAUGAGCUCAAUGCUUGGAUGAAGAGAGCAUCACCUGAGGAUUUAGAGUAUUACAACUGCCAGCAAGAACUAACCAAUGACUUGACCAAGCAAUUCCACAUAAUAGAGAGAAUCAUUGCAACAAGAACAGGGAAAUCACAAGUACCUUCAGAUCUUCCCUCCAAUAAAACCACUUCCAAUGAUCCAGAGUAUCUGUGCAAGUGGAUGGGGCUGCCCUAUGCUGAGUGCACCUGGGAGGAUGGAGCAUUAAUUUCAAAUAAAUUAAAGAAAUUUCAGCCCUGCGUUGAUAGUUUCCUGAACAGGAAUGUCUGUAAGACAGUCCCUUCCAAAGACUGUAAGGUGUUGAAACAGAGGCCAAGAUUUGUUCCCUUGAAGAAGCAGCCUUCUCAUAUUGGAGAUGACAACCUUCAACUCAGAGAUUACCAGUUAGAUGGACUGAACUGGCUUGCACAUUCCUGGUGCAGGUGUAACAGUGUUAUUUUGGCUGAUGAAAUGGGCCUGGGGAAAACCAUUCAGACGAUCUCCUUCCUGUCCUACCUUUUUCAUCAGCACCAGCUUUAUGGACCAUUCCUGUUGGUGGUACCCCUGUCAACCCUCACCUCAUGGCAGAGGGAGUUUGAAACCUGGGCCCCUGACAUGAAUGUAGUGAUCUAUCUGGGAGAUGUCACAAGUAGAAAGACAAUCCGUGACUAUGAAUGGAUCCACCAGCAGACAAAAAGAAUCAAGUUUAAUGCACUUUUGACCACAUAUGAAAUUCUACUGAAAGACAAGGGAGUAUUGGGGAAUAUAAAUUGGGCCUUUCUUGGAGUUGAUGAAGCUCACCGGCUUAAGAAUGAUGACUCGCUGCUGUACAAAUCUCUGAUCGACUUUAGAUCCAACCACAGGCUGCUCAUUACUGGGACCCCAUUGCAGAACUCACUUAAAGAGCUGUGGUCCCUUCUGCACUUUCUUAUGCCUGAAAAGUUUGAGUCCUGGGAGGAUUUUGAGGAUGAGCAUGGUAAAGGCCGGGAUAAUGGUUAUCAGAGCCUACACAAAGUUUUGGAGCCUUUCCUGCUGCGUCGUGUCAAGAAAGAUGUGGAGAAAUCCCUGCCUGCGAAAGUGGAGCAAAUCCUUCGAGUCGACAUGUCUGCCCAACAGAAACAGUUCUAUAAGUGGAUCCUGACAAGAAACUUCAAAGCCCUGUCCAAAGGCAACAGAGGCAGCUCUUCUGGCUUUCUUAACAUUGUGAUGGAGCUGAAGAAGUGCUGUAACCAUGGUUUCCUCAUUAAACUGCCAGAGGAGGGUGAGAAUGAAAAGCCUCAAGAGCACCUACAGGCCCUGGUGCGUGGCAGCGGCAAGUUGGUUCUCCUGGAUAAGCUGCUCACACGACUGAGAGAGCGAGGCAAUCGUGUACUCAUCUUUUCCCAGAUGGUCCGCAUGUUGGACAUACUUGCUGAUUACCUGGCUAUGAAACGAUAUCCAUUCCAGCGUUUGGACGGCUCAAUCAAGGGAGAGCUCCGAAAACAAGCACUGGACCACUUUAAUGCUGAAGGCUCUGAGGACUUUUGUUUCCUGCUGUCCACCCGUGCUGGAGGGCUUGGAAUUAACCUUGCCUCUGCCGACACAGUGGUUAUCUUUGACUCCGACUGGAAUCCUCAGAAUGAUCUUCAGGCCCAGGCCAGAGCCCACAGGAUUGGCCAGAAAAAGCAAGUGAAUAUCUAUCGUCUGGUCACAAAAGGCACAGUUGAGGAAGACAUUAUUGAAAGGGCCAAAAAGAAGAUGGUUCUAGACCAUCUUGUCAUUCAGAGAAUGGACACCACUGGAAGAACCGUACUGGAUAACAAUUCAGGAAAUUCAAAUUCAAACCCUUUCAAUAAGGAAGAACUUACUGCAAUCUUAAAGUUUGGAGCAGAGGAUCUGUUUAAGGAACCUGAGGGGGAGGAAUCAGAACCACAGGAAAUGGACAUUGAUGAGAUCUUGCGGCUUGCUGAAACAAGAGAGAGUGAUCAGGGAUCUAGUGCCACCGAUGAGCUGCUGUCACAGUUUAAGGUGGCUAACUUCACCAUGGAUGAAAGCAUCCCAGAGCUUGAGGAGAAGCCUGUGAGAGACUGGGAUGAUAUUAUUCCAGAGGAACAGUGGCGCAAGAUGGAGGAAGAGCAGAAACAGAAGGAGAUGGAGGACAUUUACAUGCUGCCCAGAAGCAGAAGCUCCAACAAGAGGGCCCGGGCCAAUGACAGCGAUAGUGACGCGGGAUCCAAACUAAAGCACAGAUCCUCAGGCUCUGACAGCGAAACGGACGACACUGAUGAUGACAAACGGCCCAAGCGCAGAGGCCGCCCGAGAGCUCGCAAAAACAACGUGGAGGGAUUUAAUGAUGCAGAGAUCCGCCGGUUCAUAAAGGCAUACAAGAAAUUUGGAGCCCCACUUGAGAGGUUAGAGGCAAUUGCCCGUGACUCUGAGCUGGUAGAUAAGUCUGUUGCAGACCUGACGCGACUGGGAGAACUGGUGCACAACAGCUGUGUGACUGCAGUACAGGAGCAUGAGGAGCACAUGAAGGAGAACCCUGUGGAAGCUAAAGGCCCAGGGAAAAGACGAGGCAUUAACAUAAAGAUCUCUGGAGUUCAGGUCAAUGCCAAAUCCAUUAUCCAGCAUGAGGAGGAGUUUGAACCACUACAUAAAGCUGUUCCUACAAAUCCUGCUGAAAGGAACAAAUUUCAGCUGACAUGUAGGGUGAAGACCCCCCACUUUGAUGUGGACUGGGAUAUUAAUGAUGACACACAGCUGUUACUGGGUAUCUAUGAGCACGGCUAUGGCAACUGGGACCUGAUCAAGGCCGAUACAGACCUCAAACUGUCUGAUAAGAUUCUCCCAGAUGACCCUAAUAAGAAACCUCAGGCAAAGCAGUUACAGAUGAGAGGAGACUACUUGCUCAAAAUGCUGAAGAAAGAACAGGAAAGCCAAGAAGCUGGUAAAGCAGGAGAUGAGCCCAAAGUCAAAAAGAGGAAACCUCGAAUGAAAAACAAGACACCUAACAAUGAGCUAGUGAAUGAUAUUUCUUCUCGUCUCUCUGACAACCCUUCAGAAGAGGGAGAAGUGAAGGAUGAUGGAGCUGAAAAAUCUCCCACAAAGAAGAAACAGAAGAAGGAUAACAAAGAGAACAAAGAAAAAAUAGGAACUCCUAAAAAAGAGAAGGAGGGCGACAAAAACAAAAAGCGCUCCAAGUCCAAAAAAGAGAAGGCUAAACCAGGAGGCAAAGGGAAGAAAGCUCAGGGCCCAGUGCACAUCACCGCAGGCAGUGACCCUAUACCUAUUGGAGAUGAAGAUGAUGAGCUGGACCAGGAAACAUUCAGCAUUUGUAAGGAGAGGAUGAGGCCGGUGAAAAAGGCUCUGAAGCAGUUGGAUAAACCAGACGAGGGUCUGUCAGUGCAGGAACAGCUACAGCACACUCGUACCUGCCUGCUGAAGAUUGGAGACCGCAUCACUGAGUGCCUUAAAUCUUACAAUGACUCUGAGCAUGUCAAGACCUGGCGCAGAAACCUCUGGAUUUUUGUGUCCAAAUUUACUGAGUUUGGAGCCCGGAAAUUACAUAAACUAUAUAAGAUGGCUCAAAAGAAACGCUCACAGGAGGAAGAGAAAGAGCAGAAGAAGAAGGAUGAUCCUGCCAAGAAGAAGCCCUUCAGACCUGAACCAUCUGGGUCAAGCCGGGAUUCAACAGGCACCCAGCCCUCAACCAAGUCCCACCCUCCUGCCAACCACCCGCCUGGACCUCCCCCUCAUGGCCACCACAGAGAUCAAUACAACCAGCCCAAUAAAAGGCACUUCCCUAAUGAUGAUAGGGGAGAUUGGCAAAGGGAACGUAAGUACAACUACCCAGGCAACAGCAAUCAACCCUGGCAAGGGGAUCGGCACCACCCCUAUGACAGUCACAGGUACAAGGACCAUCACUAUGGUGACCGCCGGCCUCAUGGUGAUUACCGCAGCUCAGGAGGAUACCGUAACAGCGGCUCACCUCGCAAACGACCUUAUGACCAGUAUGGUAAUGAUAGAGAUCAUCGGGGCCAUAGAGACUAUUAUGACAGACAUCCGGACCCUAAGAGGAGGCGCUCGGAUGAAUACCGCUCCCCAAACUACCAUCAAGGGGGAGGAGGACACCCUCAGGACUUCAGAAGAAUGACGGAUCAUAGGGGACCCCUUGGAAACCAUGGCCCUCCUGGACCAGAUCACUACCGCCCCUUCCACCCAGACAAACCCCCACCCCUGAUAGACCCCCGUUCCCCUCAGGCCCAGAAAUCCCCCCUUGAGCCAAUCUCACCUGCAGAAAGAACUGCAGAGCAGAAACCUGUGACAGACUUCAAUUGGAACAACAGGAAGACAUGAGAUGAAUAGGUAGUCAGAGCAGAGACAGUCCAUACAGCCAAAGGACAUGGCAAAGGAGGGGAUGUAACCAGCCACCACCAAACUCCUCCUUGGACACUGGAUACUGUGUCUGGUGUGUCCUCUGUUUUCUUGUAGGUCUGCCAUUUUGGACUGAGGAUAUUGAACAGCAAGGCAUGGUUAGUCCUAUGGACAAUGAUGUGACUGAACUUGAUAAAGUGUUGUAGUAUGCCUGAAGUUAGAAAGUGCCUCAUUUAUUUGGUCUUUUUAUUUGGAGUCAUUAGCAGAAAGGGACUAUCCCUGAAGCAAAAUUUACUUUGAUGUUCAUGUCUUGUUUUGUGUUAUUUUGAUUUGUGUAAAAGAUUAUUUGAAAAGGAAUUAUUUUAAUUGCACCUUCAGAUGUGACUUCAUUGUUCUGUUGAACUAUUUGAAACUCUAAAAUGUAGAUUAUGCUCUCCAAAAUAUCCAGACCCUCUUUUCCUGUAAUCAUCAUUUAGAGGGAGAGUAUGGUCAAACAAGUAAUUACAUAGAUAUUUUUGUCUCUGAUCUUCUCAGUUAUGUAAAAGUCACAAAUAUUUGUGGUGAGCAUCAGCUGCAACAAAAUUACCGUUUUUCUCAAUUUCUUGAAUUAGCUUAAUGUGUCAUUGCUCUUGCAGAUCCUCUGUUUGUUGAUAAUGUAAUGUUCAGACACCCUGUCAUAGGACAGUAGCCUUAUUUAAAAAAGAAGAAAAAAAGGCUGGACAGUAUUCGGGGUCUAUGUAGACCUUGUCAGAACACUAGAUAAUCAUAACACGUAAGCUAUCCUUGUCUUAUUUUCUUUAUGACUGUAACGCAUGGCACCACUUAAGCCCACUUUAUGGUAAGUGCUUGUAUGAUCGGUACUGUUGCAUCUUUAUAUUGCACUAAAAAAAAGUCAGUACUCACAAUUUGUUUUUGAGUGUGUAGUAAUGGUAGACAUUACCUGAAUUUGAUUUUAUUUUUUGUUUAGUUAUUUUCUCAGUAUGAGUGUGCUGAAAUGCUGAUACCAUUGACCUUUACGUUGAAAUAUGCGUACUGUAUGAAUGAACACAGUAGUGGGUGGGUGUUGCAAGCUAUUUUUGGUGAACCAGAUUUUGUGCCAAAAAAAAAAUCACAGACUGGCAUGCUGGUAAAUACCAUUCUUUGGUUGUUCAUUUUAUGUGUUUCUCCAUCUGUGCCUUAUUCUUGUGUAGAUUCAAACACCGGUUUGGUAUAACGUCUAGCUGUCUGAAACAAUGCAGUAUUACGCUGUACAAUUUAAAACAUUUGCCAGGAUGGAGUUUUUACUAGAUGCAAGUUAAGCCAGAUCUGGAGAGUGGGGAACAAUGUGUUAUGCUGAAUUCCAAAAGUUCAUGGUGGCAGGAAUCAAGAGUAAGAGAACUGGUGAGAAAUGUGAAAUACUGAAGAUGCUUCUCCUCUUCCCACUCAAGCUCCUGAUCACACUCCACAGACAUGUUUAAGAUUUGAGGGGGGUAACGAUUUAAAAUCAUUUAUAUUUGUGAAAAGCCACUGUUCAGAUUAACUGUACUGUACAUAUGUUUAUAAACCUAAAUGUAUUAAACUUUCCUACA